GCGACACAGAGAUGCGGAGCUGAGUUUUGUGAGGAGCGGAAACAUCCAGACGAACUGUGGAGCUCCACAUGUCUCCUCUGUGACAGGAUCAGAGCUUCUCAUCACACAGCCCAGCUCCUGGUUCACUGUGGUGCCAUUAUCGUGUGUGUCACUCUGAACAUCCAGCCAUCAGUGAGCUCCUGACAGACCCUGCAGCUUCCUGAGGUGUUUGUUGAACAUGACGGAUCAGCCCGUGGGAGCCAUCAUCCAGGACCUGUCGGUGCCAUCACUGCGGGUUGUGGAGGGACUUGAGUCCAGACCUCUGGGGGGAGCGUGUGGGUCCUUCACCGAUGAAGCCGUUUCCAUCCUGACCUCAACAAGCCAGCGGGCCCGAAGCCUCCUGGGUCGCACCUUUUUGCUCCAGCACAAAGAGAGCCAAGCCAGCGCUGAAGCUAAGGCUGUCAGCAGCUGCGAUGAAGACAGCGGCAACAACAUACGUCGCAAACGGGAGUUCAUUCCCAGCGAGAGCAAAGAUGAAGGCUAUUGGGACAAGAGAAGAAAAAACAACGAGGCCGCCAAGAGGUCCAGAGAAAGGCGGCGGGCCAAUGACAUGGUGCUGGAGAGGAGGGUCCUGGGUCUGCUGGAGGAGAACGCUCGCCUGAGGGCAGAGCUGCUGGCCCUCAAGUUUCGCUUUGGUCUGGUCAAAGAUCCUUCUGAUGUGAGCAUCCUGCCACUCUCUGUUCCCCUCUGUGCACACCCACCACCCCCUACAACACAUUACUACCAGCCUCAAACGGAUGGACCCUCAUACCUCAACACACAGCAAAGUCCCAACACCCACCAAAUCCCCUCCCACCCUCAGCAGCAGCCUUCCAUCUAUGGGCCGAGGGUAAGCGGGCCACUGUCAGGUCACUGUGCAUCCGAGGAUUCCGGUGUUUCCACCUCCAGUAGCUCAAACAUAGGCAGCCCUGUGUUUUUUGAUGACACGUUGAGUGAACGUGUUGAGCCUUCAACGAGGGAGGUGGCCGAGGAGCAACAGGGCUUUGACUCCCACAUAUGUCCCGUGGAGGGACAGUAUGUAAACAAACAAGACUCCCCCGAGGGGUUAAGGAGUCUCCCGCACAAGCUCCGCUUCAAAUGUCCCGCUGGCAACAGUGACAUAGGGGAGAUGUCUCCUUCCUGUGAUAACAGACACAGCGAACAGCCUGUAGUGACGGUGGGGUCAAACAUGCAGGUGAGGAACCACCAACAGACAGGGUGGGACAGUCGGGCAGCAAGUCAGGCCCCGUGGUCAAGGGAGGAAGCUGGCGGUGGACUCGGGCAGCAGCAUCAGGCUCUGUCCUCUGGGUAUUAUAACUUCUCCUCUGUGCAAAACUCCCGGGACACUAAACAUACGACUGAGGACGUCAGUUUGAGGUCGCAGAUCAGCUGCUUGUCUCAGGAAGUGGCUCAGCUCAAACGGCUCUUCUCUCAGCAGCUGAUCUCCAAGGUCACUUAAAACCAGAACAGAAGAGGAUCAGAGGCACAUCAAAGCUAACGGACAUGUUUCACCUCACAUAAUCAGCUAUCUGGCACAAUCCAGCAGAUGGCUGCUGUCCACUGCUGAUGACACACUCUGCUGACAACACCACCUGUUUCUCUGUAAAAAUUCAGUUUAGUGAUCAGUUUGUUCUGCGACGAUCAGCACACCACUACCAGGAAAGACAACUUUUAAAACAAUGCUCAAUGACUGAAGACUUAAAGGGGAUUCACGUGUAAUCCACUGGAUCAGGCUGAAUUCCAGCAUUUUGAAAGAUCGCAUCAGUCACAACCUCUGGAAAUAAAGCAUUAUAUUAUUAAGCAUGCAAACUGUUAUUAUUUGUAAAAACAACUGCAGUCUCAUCAUGUUCAACACACAUGUGAACAUGUUAACAUUUCUGUCAACCAACAGUUUAAUCUUUUCAAAUCAAGUUAUGUUGAGUAUAAAAUUAUCUGUGAUACAUAUGAUGUUUUGGAGUUUACUGUGGUUUUGUGCUCUUUGCUAUAUCUGCUUCCCAUUUAUCUCAUGACUGCAAGGUACAUAGAAAUCACUGUCGACAUCACUGUCCAGAAUUGUAACUGUAUUUUAAAAUUAAAGUAUUUUA